AUGUCGACAACUACAACGACGACUUACAUUGCUGAUCAACAGCGAAAAUUUAUCAUUCCACAAGAGAAUGUCACUUUUCAAACGCUUAUUGGUCUCAUGUCUAUCAACGAAGAAAAGAAUCGACGAUGUUCCAAUCUCGACAUGGUCAUUCAUCAGCUCGACUUUGAUUUUUACUAUGAACUUCUUCCUACUAUCGCGCAAUGGGCUUCCGAUCACACACGUCUAUCGAAUUCAAUCAAGCCUCUUCAUGCAGGUGCAACUGCUCGUGUCACUUAUACAGCAGCCCAAGCACGUUAUAUCCUUGCCAACGCAUUCUUUCUCAACACAACAAAAGGAUACGGCAAUAUUGAUUUGACCAUUUUGUACAAUUCUCUCUUUGACAACCUGGCCAUGGAACGUAUACGAUGUUUGAUCGAAUAUUUUCGUUGCUCGUCACAUCAAAACGGCAGUGAUGAUCAACGAGAAAUAUCAAUCGAACGGUACUUGUAUGCUGAUGAACAGCCAGAUUGGGAAAAACAAACUAUUGCAAUCAAUGCAUCCAAAGUGAACGUUUUUGUCGGGCGAAUGGAAGAUGCUACAGAAGCACAAGGUUUUGUCGACUUUGCCAACAAACAAAUUCACAUCCAUAUGAUCUUUCCAUCUGCCACUCAAGAAGAAAUUUUAUUCAGCUGUUGUCCCGAAGCACUUUUGGCCAUCUUGGCUUGUGAAACAUUACAACCCGAUGAAGUGGUCAUUCUUCGUGGAUGCAAACGAUUCGUUGACUAUCGUGGCUUUGAUAGUGAAUCGUUUCAAUUUGCUGGCUCGUAUUCGGGUCCAAAUCCGGGUUGUAUUCAAGAUAUUCUUGUCAUGGAUGCGUGCCCUGGUGACUACUACACACGACCCAAUAUCGAUCACGAUUUAAACAAAGCAUGGGGUGCCUUUGCUAAAGCCAAUGAUCAAAUUAUUGUCACGGGCAAGUGGGGCUGCGGUGCGUUUGGUGGAGAUCCCGUAUUUAAGUUUUUGCAACAGCUAUGCGUCGCAAGCAUACAUGUUGAUAAGAUCAAACGAUUGGACUAUUCUGUUUGUGGCGACAAUAAGCUUAUGAAUCAAUUGAAGGAUCUAGCACUACAAUUAGAAACGAAGAGCAAGACCGUGGCUGAUGUCUAUCAAAUGAUGGUCAAAUACGGUGAGAGCAGCGCGCUAUGCUCGUCAGUGCCGAACUUUAGUGACUAUGUAAACGGAUGGCUAAAUGCCGUCUAGUUAGGUGUGAUUUUCAUCCUAUUGAUUUUCGAUACAUGAAUUCUCUUGUAUACGUCAAAUUUAUGGUGCUUAUGGGUGUGGGCGGUUGUCUUGAACAUUAACAUUAACAUACAUAAUCACACCCAUGCACAUCAUUAUACAUGGAUGCAGUAUUCCAUGCCGUUAUGACCAAAUGUCUCUGAUCAGGAACAUUUUUUGCCGACAUUAUAUCGUAUCAACAGAUGAUUUUGAAUUUUAGAGGUCGGCUUGAUAAAAUAUCUCGAGAUAAUGCUGACCACAAACAAUCACGAAAAGAAAGGUGUACGUCUUAUCCACUAAUACAGUAAUUCUUCAAAAGCAUGUUAACUGUAAAAAAUUGAAGUUUUAAAAAAUGAAUUGAUUUCUUGAAAUUUUAUCUAAAAACGUUUUGUUUUCUAAACCAUAGACUAUCAAACUACCCUAAUCUGAAAAACUAUUCGUUACUAAAUUUGAGUGUUGUUAUAUUUUUUAAAGUCCUUUCCAGAAUGCCCAAUGGAACGGACAGUCGGUUGUCAAGGGUUAAUAUAAUUUUCUCUGCAAAGAGCAACCUUUUUUUUCGUACAAUAACGUUAGAAUUCGAACGAACAUAAUUUUAAAAUAUCGGCGUGAAUCAACAUGUUGGAAUGUCUAGUCAGAUGUUGUUGAGACAGGAAUGAGUAACCGAUGUUUAUAAGAAAUAGGUUACAGCAGAGUACAAUUUUCUGUAAAUACAGGUACUCAGAUACAGUUUCAGCUGCCCAAUUGUGAAUGCUAACUUAUUAUUUUAUUCAUCGUCAUCAUCCUUAAUUUGAUGUCUAGUCUCCAAGGAUUUUUAUAAACAGCCUACCAUUUGAAAUGUCCGAUUAUAUUUAGAUAUUGUUGAUCGUAUUUCGAUGAUUAGAAAUGUUCGAAGUAUAUAAUGUUGCUGUUUCUGUUUUGUGAUUGAAACAAAUGGAAUGAAAUGGUAUGGCAAGCUAAUAUGAAAAUUGGAAUAUUUUCUUAGUUUUAAACAAGAUAUUGCAGGCUAACAGAUUUGCUAAGCCUACAGUCCUCUAACCAUAUUUUUAGUCAUUUGGAUCACCAUCGCAAAAUUUUCGUAACUUUUUAAGGAUGAAUUCAAACUGUUUUUUUUACCUAGAGACCGUACACUGAAAAAAAAAUCCGCAGAAUGAUGAACGCUUGUCCUUGUUUUUUUAGUAGCAAACCCUCAAAGGGUUUAUUGGCAUGGUAUCAACCCUUUCAAUGGUUGAUUAACACUAGGGUUUAUUAUCAAUAGGGUUUAUUAGAAUUUUUGAAAGGUAU